AUGGAUCCUUAAAAUUUACCUAAAGAAUGGGCUAUUGAUCAUAGAUUUAAAAGAAAUUUUGGAGAAAAAUCGAUUUAUUAUUAGAAGUAAGAAGCAAGUGAAGAAAAACAGGAAUUAAAACAAUAAGAACAACAAGACAUAUAACAAUGA